AUGAUUCCACCACUUUUCACAUCUUAUAAUCAAGUCGUGGCUGAGAAUGAUCACUCUCUGAUGGAACAGUCGGCCAUCUUUUUAGAUAGUAAGGGUAGUAACGUUGAUAUGUACAUAAUUGCAGGUUACGAAUGGAAUCGUAAAAUGUUUAAAGUCCAUACAUCUAUUUUAAAGGAUCGAUGUGAAUAUUUUAGAAUGGCACUGUCCAAUAAACGUAUUUGCAAAAAUUCUGAUGGGAUCAUUAUUUUUUAUAAAGAAGAUAUUUCGCCGGAAAUCUUUAAUUUAAUUCUUGACUAUAUUUAUACUGGUGAGGUCUCAACGACACUUUGUGAUGAAUGCGUUAAUAUUUUAGAGUUUAUCAUAGCUGCGGAUGAAAUGUUACUUCCGCAACUAGUUGCCUCUUUAGAAAGUUUCCUUAUUGACGAAUAUUUAAAGCAGUCUUCACCUGAAAUUGAGGCAUGGAUAUUUUGCUUAAUUACAAUAAAUAAGGAACCAUUUUUGACACGGUUUGAAGAACGUGUCAAAACUACAGGCCUUGACUUUUUUAAGAAUAUUAUUCCCAGCAAUGUUAAUAAUAAGAUAGAACCAAAAGCAUAUAUUUAUGCAUUGCUUGAAGUGCAUACUAUGUGUGAAAAUAUGAUUAUUGAAUUCAGAGGCGAUAUUAAUUUUACUGCUUCCCUGCAUAAGGUGUACCAAAAAAUUGUAAAUCGCAAUCAUGUCUGUGAAUCCUCAACAUCUAGAACACCAGAAUUAUUAGCCCAAUUUUGUGAUUCUUUACUUAGAAAAAUUAACACUGUAGACAGUGACUUUGAAGACGUUAUGACUAUAUAUAAAUAUGUGGACGAUAAGGAUGUUUUUCAAAAAUUCUAUUCAAAAAUGUUGGUAAAGCGUUUGAUAAAUGAGACAUCAGUAUCAGAAAUCGCAGAAUAUAAUAUGAUUUCAAAAUUAAAGGAAACAAGUAGUUUUGAAUAUACUUCAAAAUUAUAUCGAAUGUUUACUGACAUAAAGACCUUAAUGAUCUGUUCAAAAAUUGACUUUUCUUUUCUUGUUUUGAAUACUGCAUGUUGGCCACUUCAACAACUAAAAACGGAUUUUAUCAUGCCAGAAGAAUUUAAAGAAAUUUUUCAACAAUUCAAGACAUUUUAUCAAAAUCAAUAUUCUGGACGUAAACUUAAUUUGCUGUUCCAUCUUUCAAAAGGUGAACUGAAGACUAAUUAUUGUAAAAAAGCUUAUACAUUCGUGGCAUCAACAUAUCAAAUGGGCAUACUUUUACAAUACAACAAAAAAAUGUCAUAUACUUUUGAAGAGUUAAAGCAGAAAACAGAUUUAAAUGAAUGUGUCUUGAUAGAUCACUUAGAAGUCCUCGUAGAAACUAAAAUACUCGAGAUUUCUAAUGGCACUAAAGUCGGUGAUCCUUUAUCUUGUUAUAAAUUGAACAUGGAUUUCGAAAGUAAAAAAAUUCGUAUUCAACUAAAUGUUCAAAGUAAAUCCGAUCGAAAUAAUGAAAGUCAAAUGAUUGCCGAAGAUAGGAUGUUACUAAUACAGGCUGCUAUUCAUAGGAUUGUGAAGUAUAGAAAAAAAUUAAUGCAUGUUGUAUUGGUUAACGAAGUGAUUGCCGAAAUUUCUCAUCGCUUCAAACCUGGAAUACCUGAAAUUAAGAAAUGCAUUGACUUUAUGAAAGAAAAAGAAUAUAUAUAUAUUGAAAAUC